AUGUCAGAGGGACGAGACCAAGCGAAUAACCGCAAUAAUGGAGUGGAAACAGAUAUGAGGGACCAGUUGAACCAGCGAAAUGCUCAAAGCCGGGAGAACGAGACGGCACCACCAGUGAACCAACAGCUGCCUCAGGUACCUCUCACCCCGGAGCAACUCCAUGCGAUCGGGCGAGCCUUCGCAGAGGCACGUCGAGAAGUAAGAGAACAAUCCGUUUCUCGACCACCACGCCACGAUCCGCAACCAUCCCAGAGGCCGGAAGACCGGCGGGAGAAUCGGCGGGCUGAAAGUCAGCCGGUACAGUCAGUCCACUCCCGGCUGGGCCCGAAUGCUGGACGACAGUCGGCGAGAAAACGACUGGGACGGAGGGAGCCCAGCUGUGCACCGGCGGGCCCUCAAGAUCGAGAAGCCGGGCGCGAGAGAGCUCACACCCGAAGAACCAGAACUAGAGCUCGUCAUACAGAGCAACAUGUCCGCAACAAUGGCCAACCGGCCGAAUCUGAAGUCGGCGAAAGCACGGAGUCGACAGGAAACCAUAUCCAUGAUAGAGGCCAAGUAGCGCACCUAGUCCAGGAAGUGCGAAACCUAAAAGAGCAGGUGGAGGGGAGGACCAAAUCCCCCGGUCGAACGUUGUUGACCGCCUUGCCCUUCUCAACCGAGAUCAUAACAUUCAAGAUGCCGGGUGACUUUAAGUUCCGAGAGCAAGCCACGUUCGACGGAUCCAGUGAUCCUCGAGAACACUUGCUGAGCUACCAAGCCAAGAUGCAAGUCCUGGGUGUCCGGGACCCCAUCAUGUGCCGCGCCUUCCUACCCACGUUAAAGGGCUCGGCACAGAGAUGGUUAGUGGCCCAGCCUCCGGGGUCGAUCCAUAAUUUUGAGGAGCUGGCGGAUCGCUUCAUGAGCCAUUACGCAGCUAAUAUCAAGCAGCAGAAAGACCUAACACAUUUGGGCGAUGUCCAUCAAGAGGAAGGCGAGUCUUUGAAGACCUAUCUGGCUCGCUGGCAGAAAGAAAUCCAAUCUAUCGAGGAGGUCAAGGACCAGACCGCACUCACCUUCUUCAUCGAGUCCUUACGAUCCGGACAGUUAUACCGGGAUCUGCGGGAUAACCGACCGGCCACCUACGCAGAAGCCAUACACAUGGCCAGUAAGAGGGCCAACACCGAGCAGGCCAUGAAGCAUAAACGACAACGCGAAGUUGGGGGAUCCGCCAGCGGAAAGAGGACGCGAGCCGAGAUCAAAGAGAGGCGUCUGGAAGCGACUCGGCGACCCGAGGUCCGACGACCAUACAACAGGCCCGUCGUGCACCCCUAUCGGCCGGCUCUUGAACGGCCAGUGCAUGAGAUACAAGCAGUUGCUCCACCUCCGCCUCCGCCGAUUGACGACCACACAGUAAACGAUGAGGCAGGUAAGACCUCUAAAUACUGUCAUUACCACAAAUCUUACACUCACAGCACGGAAGAGUGCUUCUACUUGAAGAACAUCAUGGAGGGUAUCAUCCAGCAAGGGACCCCGCCUCCUAAUCAGUGGAGGCGAAGGUCGGCAACGCGGGAGGACAGGGAUCCCACCGCCACCGCGGAGAGCGGUCGGGGCAAGCAGCCGGCUCUUGAGGAAGACGAGGCACAGUGGCGUCAGAAGCCGGUUAUCAACAUGAUAGUGGGCGGACCUGAGGGCGGCGACUCGGCGAAUACCAGGAAGGCUUGGGCCCGACAGCUGUACGUCGGAACAGUAUACGGGCGUGAGGAGGGCUCGAAGAAAGCGUGCCGAGAGCUGAUCACGUUCACCGACAAAUAUUUACCCACAGGAGAGACACCGCAUCAAGAUGCGCUGGUCAUAGCAAUGGACGUGAACGGAGUAGUCGUUCAGCGAAUCCUGGUCGACACCGGAAGCAGUGUCAACGUGUUAUACUUCGAGACUUUCACAAAGAUGGGAUUGACUUGA